UGGCCCUGGCCUAGGCAGAAGGGGCGGGGGUGGCGGGCGGCCGGCCGGGCGAGCGGCUGCCCCGGGAACCAAUCAUGCUAAGCCACAGCCCAGGCAUGAUGAACCUCGGAACGAUUGAUGUCUAUUUGAACACAUUAGGGACCAGCCUCCAGACCGUGGCGUACAGUGAUGAGGAGCAGGAGAAUGAAGCCUGGAGGGGGUACCUGGAGAGGAAGAACGUUGUCCUGGAAUUCCUGCACUCGGACUUGAGCCUCCACCUGCUCAGGCGCCACCACAAGAGGAUCGAGUUGCUGAAGAAGUGCUCCUAUUACAUAGAAAUCCUGCCUAAGCACUUGGCGCUGGGAGACCAGAACCACCUGAUGCUCCCUACCACCUUGUUCCAACUGAUAGACCCCUGGAGGUUCCAGAGGAUGAAGAAAGUGGGAACCAUCCAAACCAAAAUCCAGCUCCUGCUCCUGUCUGACUUGUUGGAAGAGCUGGAGAGAGGUCGGCAAGAACUGGUCCACUUCCUGGAGAACUAUGACAUGAUGACCUUCCUUUCCCAGUGGGACACCAUCAAGCAGAGGUUAUCGUACCUCUCGGACCAAAUGGAUUAUUUCCUGGCUCUGCUGGUCCCUGGAAGGCUGUACGUCAAGCACCGCCUGGUAUCGGACGUCGGGAUCGCCAAAAUCCCACACAUCAGGCUAGUCCUCAGCACAAAAUUGCCGCUGAUGUUUGACCGAAGGGAAUCGGUGGCAUAUGAGGACUGGGUGAGUCUCAAGUGGUUUGUAAAUAGCCAGCAGCCGCAGCUGGAACAAUACGAACUCCGGUUUAAGUUGCUGGAGUCCCGAACCCCGCAAGAGCGAGCCCACUGUGGCACAAUGAACGUCACCUCGAACACGUUCGAAAUUCACAACCUGCUGCCCGACCGCUUGUACAGAUUCACCGUCAAGAGAGCAGAGACUUACACGCUUGUGUACGAACAGUGGCACGAUUCCAUCCUGCUUAAGACCAAACCGUACCUCGAGGAAGAAAUGGAGAGUGCCACGUCUGAACCCUGAUUUUCCCAUGCUAACAAUUCACAAGGAAUGUCAAAAUAAGUCAGAUUAAAAACUUAUUUUUAAA